UUCAAGGAUUUUGAGAAACAAAUAUCGAGAGUUGAAAAAUAUAAUUUUGAAAAAAAUUAGUUUUUUUAAGUUAAGCGCGAUAUUGGGAAAUAAAUUAUAGUAACAAGUCCAGCAACUUGAGUAGAAUCAGUAGUAAACGAUAAAGAUAAUAAUAAUCGGCAAAUAACCCACGUGAUUUUGCGUCAUCGCAGCAAUAGUUUCGUAGCUAGCGUUGUCGGCGCUAUACUACAAAAAGACGCCAGUUUGACGCAUAUAUUCAGAGAGAGACCUUCAUUCAAUCGCGAUUCGAGUAUAUAGUUCACGUUCAGAGCACAUUCACGACGCACAUCCUUUGCACGAUGUCUACACUUGAUAAUCAAGCUUUAGAUACCGUAGCUACAGGUAUCAGUAAAUUUUCGACUGAAUUUUACAAGUCUUUGGCGGAAGAUGAAACAUCAAAUUUUAUCUGUUCGCCACUCAGUGUCUCAAUGGUAUUAUCUAUGGUUACUUAUGGGGCACGCGGACAGACUGAAAAAGAACUGCGUAGUGCAUUGAGAUUGUCUAAAGAUGAUCAAAUCAAUAAAAAUGGGUUCCAAUCACUUAUUGAUACUUUGAAUGCUGUUAAAAAAGUUGAGCUUCGUUUAGCCAAUAAGAUUUACUUCAACACAGGGUUCGACGUUAAAUCUGAAUUCAAAGUCUUAACGGAAACUACAUUUCGAUCUGUAUCAGAGAUAAUUGAUUUUGGAAAAACUGAAGAGGCCAGCAAGACCAUCAAUAGUUGGUGCGAAGAAAAAACUAACAAUCGUAUAAAAGAUGUCAUACAACCGAAUGAUUUGACAGGCGCGGAGAUGGUUUUGGUCAAUGCUGUUUAUUUCAAAGGACACUGGAAAAAAAAAUUUGAUCCUACAUCAACUUCACCUAAACCAUUCCAUAUUGACGAAAAUACUACGAAAGAUGUACCAAUGAUGUACCAAAACGCUUAUUAUAAGUUCAAUGAACUUCCAGCGCUUGAGGCCACUUGUAUUGAGCUUCCUUACAAAAGUAACAAUUCGAGUGAUUCUAUCAGUAUGUUCAUCAUUUUACCGAAUCAAAUAAAAGGUUUGAAGAAAAUUGAAAGCAAUUUACAUGAAAUCAAUUUCAAAGAUCUUCACAACCGCAGAUCUAUGGAAAUUACCUUACUGCUUCCAAAAUUUAAAGUUGAAAGUAGAUUUGAGCUUCAAAAUACUCUUUCUAAAAUGGGAGUAAAAGAAAUUUUUGAAGAUUCUGCCGAUCUCCGAGGUAUUGCCGAACCUGCACAACUAAAAGUUAGUAAAGUAUUUCAAAAAGCUUUCAUCGAAGUAAACGAAGACGGAAGUGAAGCCGCAGCCGUAACCAUAAAAAUGACUCGAUCAAUAAAUAUAUACAGUAGUUUAAUUAUUAUAUAUGUGAUUUUACUAACGUUUAUUGAUGCGUAUUCAGUACUGAGUGCAAUAAAAUCCGAACCGACAUUUUAUAAAUUUUCAACAAAAUUUACUGAGGUGGCACUGGAAAGUCAUAAUAAUAAUUUAAUUUGUUCACCACUGAGUGCUGCAAUCGCAUUGUCAAUGAUCACAUAUGGAGUACGUAAUAAAAGUGAAGAGGAAUUAGUGUCAGCUUUAUAUUAUCCUAAAUAUAAUAAAUAUAAUGCUAUUUAUAAAAUGAAAACAUUUUUGGAUAAUUUGAAUAGCUUUAAAGAUCUUGAUUUACAUAUCGCAAAUAAAUUAUUUAUUGCCAAAAAAUUUUUAGUAAAGCCACAAUUUAAAGAAUUAACACGAAUAUAUUAUCAAUCAGAAUCAGAAAAUGUUGAUUUUACAAAACCACAAGAAGCUGCUGAUUUAAUAAAUAAUUGGAGUGCUCGUAAUACUAAUAAUCGUAUUAAAGAACUUGUUGAAGCAGAUAACUUCGAUGUCGAUACAUCUCUCGUUUUGGUAAACGCUAUUUACUUAAAAGCGAAAUGGUUGAAUGCUUUUUAUGCUGAUAACACAAAAUUAUUGCCAUUUUAUAUAAAUUCAGAAGAGUACAAAAAUGUCCCUAUGAUGUACCAACAAAACGAAUUUAAAUGCGGCCAUAUUGAAGAUCUUAAAGCAGAAUAUAUUGAACUCCCAUAUAGGGGAGUAUCUCACAUGGGAUCAACAGUGAGCAUGUACAUUUUUCUUCCCUACGAAGGCAUUAGUUUAAAAACCAUAGAAGAAAAUUUACAUAAACUUCAUGCCACUGAUUUUCAUCAUAACUAUAACAGGCUUACAGUUAAAUUGCAAUUGCCACGAUUUAAACUAGACAGUACUAUUGAUUUAAAGUCUCAUCUAAUAAAAAUGGGUGUUAAUGAAAUUUUCAAAGCCACAGAUAAUUUUUAUGACAUUUCUGAUUCACGUCCAUUAAAAAUAACUAACGUUAUACAAAAAGCUUUUAUUGACGUUAAUGAAAAUGGAAGUGAAGCCGGUGCUGUUACUGCAUUCCGUGUAGAAAGUAGAAUGUUAGACGAUUCGAAUGUUAAAUCUUUCAAUGUAAAUAGACCAUUUAUUAUGCUUAUUUCUACGCCGAGAAAUAUACUCUUCAGUGCCCGUAUUGCCGACCCAUCUUUGUAAUUACCAUUUUUAUUAUAAUUUAAAUACGUACUGUAAAUUUAAUCAAAAUAAAUUAAAU